UCUGCGAAAGAGCAGGAGUGGACGACCUGCGGAGCUCCGGUCGGUCGAGGCGGGGCGAGAUUAGUCGACAGCACUUCAUUUUUUCUCUCCGUGUGCUCCGACUCAGACAUUCUCGCCAACAUGCCUCAAGCAUGACAGCAAACUGGUUCUGCUGGGUGACGGAGGGGGGGCAAAAGGCGAGGAUACUGAAAACUUUCGACAUGUCCCACUUGGACUAGGAGCGCGACACAGCUGUGCGGAAAACAUGGUGAAGAGGAAAAGAUGAGUGGUUCACAGCUUCACCGGAGAAAAGACUGACGAGUAAAAACACCACACAGCGGACAACAGCAUGGCACGUCGCUCUCAAUGUUCCUCUGCUGGGGAUAACCCCCUGGACCCCAACUACCUCCCUCCUCACUAUCGAGAAGAGUACCGUCUGGCCAUUGACUCACUGAUUGAGAAGGAUUUAGAGGGAUACUAUGAGUUCCUCCAAAACAAUGACGUGGUGGACUUUCUGUCCACGCCUGAAAUUCAGUACAUUCAGAACUCUGUUCAGGUUCCUCAGCAGAGCGGAUACCCUGAGCCGUAUUUUCAGGACAGUGGGGGCGAUGGCUCCUCGGACACUUACUGGCCCAUUCACUCUGACCUGGACGUCCCAGGUUUGGACCUCGGCUGGCCCCAGGUGCUUCACUUUAUCGGUCCCACAGAGGUCACCACUCUGGUCAACCCCCCUGAGCCAGACAUGCCGAGUAUCAAGGAGCAGGCCCGACGACUCAUCAAGAACGCUCAGCAGGUCAUUGGCAUAGUGAUGGACAUGUUUACUGAUGUUGACAUGUUUGCGGAUAUUCUCGACGCUACUAUGAGGAAAGUCGCUGUCUACAUCAUUCUAGACGAACAGAAUGCUCAUCACUUCAUCAACAUGGUGUCCAACUGCAGAGUAAAUCUGCAGACCAUUCAAUUUCUGCGUGUCAGAACGGUAUCUGGAAUAACGUAUCAGUGCCGCUCAGGGAAAUCAUUCAAAGGUCAGAUGAUGGAUCGCUUCUUGUUGACUGACUGCAGGGCCGUGCUCAGUGGAAACUACAGCUUCAUGUGGUCUUUCGAAAAGCUGCACCGCUGCAUGGCACACCUGUUCCUCGGACAGCUUGUGACCACCUUUGACGAAGAGUUUCGGAUUCUGUUUGCUCAGUCCCAGCCGCUGAUGAUCGAAAAUUUGGUUGCACCAUUGGAAGAUUUACACCUUUCGCAAAACAGGAAGUUCCUGAGUGACAGGACUUCCAUAUACAGAGAGCCCAGAAGAUUUCUGUCACUGGAAAGUGGCCAUCCAGACGAAUGGGCAAGACAGUCCUAUGAGGAACGAAUGGAAGGGGAUUGGAGGACAAAUCCGAAUAAAAGGCAGGGAUCCCUGCGUGGCCCGGCAGAUAUGUACAGGUUACAGCAAUCACGCAUGGAUCCAAGUUUUGAUCAGGGCCCCCCAAGGGUUCCUAUGAUGGAAACUCCUGCCUUUAAACGUCCCUAUUAUGUUGAAGGUGUUCAGGGCAGACACUCAUUCUUGCAGCAACAGGGUAUGCCAGACUCAGAGGGGCAGGGGCGUCAUUUUCUUAGAGGGCAUCAGCCUUAUCCAGGACCAGGACUAGGUCCAGUACCAGGACCGGGACCGGGACAGGGACCAGAGGCUGAUUACAGUAGCUAUGACAAGUUCUGGGACCAGGACUGUCUUUCAACAGAUCAAUACCCUGAACCUGGUUUACCACAAGGCAUGCCACCAUCCAAUAACUUUGACCCUGUUCUUAACUACUUAUCAUCUACGAGGAAUCCAGACUUUGACCAGAGCUCAGAGAAAUUACUGUCCGCAGGUGAUUUACCAUUUAGUUCACCUUACCCUAAAAGACCUACUAUAGGCCAGCCAUAUGCCUGUAAGACCUCUCCGACCCCCUCAAACCAGUCUGACCAGAAACAUUUUUUACAAGAGCCCAGCGGUGACCGCAAGGAUCCUAAAGUGAAACGAGGUUUGAGAAACUGGAGGAUUAGCUCAUACCUCAGUGCAUCUGAUAACCCAGGAGAUGAAGGCCUGCCAUUAGCACCGCCUCAAGCGUUUGAUCCUUUUGAAGAGCCCUCUGGCCCUGUACAGCAAAUGGCACCAGACGUAGAUUUACCAUCUACUAAAAUACCUAAUGUCAGAGAGUUCAAGGUACCCAGGAUAAGUCAGAUGCCUAGUUAUACCAAAAUGUCCAGAGAGCAGCCAAAGAAAUUGCCGGAUGAAACAGAAACCAAAACAACACCGACACCUUCAGAAUCGUCAUCCACAGCUGAAGGGGAAAAGACAGAGGAGACAGAACAAAAGGAGCCGAAAACUGCUGUUCUUCGAAGGGAUGACUCUUUCCGUAGAAAUUACAAUAAAGCAUUGCAAAGGAACUCCAGGUUAAGAUCUUCUUUGAUAUUUAGCUCCAUGGACCAGCCCACCCCUCAAGAUGGAGCAACUGCUACUUCAGAUCAGCAAGAUGAAGAUAGUGACAAAAAUGAUGCUGAACAGACAAAACUGCCGUAUGUCUCUCAACUUUUGGGGCAAAGGAGAUCUGCGACAAGAGAACCUAUCGAAUGGAGUCGUUAUAUAAAAUCCAAACCGGAGGAUGGAAGCGGUAAAACCGAGGAGAAAGAUUCGUCAAAGGAAGAAAAUUCGUCGACAAACCCAGAGGCACAAGAUUCAAUAAAACUGCCUGAGCAAGCCAAGCCGUCUGAAGCUGAGCUACCCAAAACUGAUCAACUGAUACAGUCGCUUAGCGGUGCAGCAUAUGUAGAUAUGAAUGAUCCAGAUAACAGGCUCAUGUUUUUCAAAGAGCUAGCAGCAAAACGUAAAGCUGCAGAAGCUGAAAAAAGCAAAAAGAAAGCUCAGGUGAAGCCACCGGACCAGGCUGUUAAAAAGGAGGAACCAGUACCAAAAGAAACCUCUAAAAACAACGCAACUGAAGAUUUACUGGAUAAAAAUGCAACUGCAGAGGGUGCAGGGAAGACGGUAUCUACAGAAGCAUGCGAGGCAGUUGGCGUGUCUGCCAGCAAAAUGACUAGUAAGCAGGACAGUCUUGACAAAACUGAGUCUAAGUCCUCUCAAAGCUGGAAAGAAGAAACCAAGAGUUCAGAUACAGUUCAGUUAGAGGGCAGUCAGUCCGCUGAAAUUCUUCCUGUUUCUGCAGAACCAGAAGCAUCUCCAAAAUCUCCAGAAGAAGAGCCACAUCUGUCAAUCCCUGCUGUAAAAGAGAGUCCCCCACUCACACAAACAAACGCAACUUCUGCUGAUGUUUCUUUUCUUGCUCAAGGUACUGUUGAAAGUGAAACCCCAAGCCUUGAAUCUACCUCAGAGGCAUCUAAUCCAGUCACUCCCAGCUCAGAGCAGGUACCAUCGUCCUCUGUGCUGGAAUCUAUCACCCAGAAUCCUUCAUCGGAGCAGUUAGAAUCCAACAUUUGCUCUUCUCCACCGCCAUCUAAAGACACAGGUUUGGAAGUCAUCUCUUCUGGUUCAUUAGUUCGAAGCUCCUCUGUUGAUCCAACUCCUGAUUCCUUGGCCUCGAGUUCAACUCCUCUUCCCUCUCCAGGAGACUCUGUAUCAUCAAAUGUCACCCCAGAGGAUUCUCAUUCAGCGUCCACCGUGUCAUCCCCAAAUUCUGACACGCAAGAAUUUGUCAAAUCAGCUGAUGAUGCUUCACAAAAAUCUGAGAAUGUGAGUGACCAAAGUCAUUUAGAUCUGGAGGUUCACUCUGUACAUGAGGAGCCUGAUAUUUCUUCUAAUGCAUGUGCAUCACAGCCGACCACCUCAAAGACGAACUCUAAUCUUUCCGCUGCUACACCUUUAGCAAACAAAUCGGAAAAUGUUGCUUUUGAACCAGCUUCUGAAUCAGCUCAAGAGGUUUCUAAACUGGAAGAAGAGGCUUCUGAACCAGAUAAAGGUGUUUGUGAACCAGUGAAAUACGUUUCUGAAUCAGAAAAAGAUGUUUUUGAAUUGGAAAGAGGCACUUCUGGAUCAGAAAAUGGAGUUUCUCAAUCGACAAAAGACACUUCUGAGCUAGAAAUAGGUGUUUCAGAAUCCGAAAAAGAUAUUUCUGAAACAACAAAUGAUGUUUCAGAAUCAGAAAUCUGCUCCUCUCCAAAGACAGAUAAGUGUGAGGUUCUAUCAUCAUCAGAGGAUGUUAAAGUUGAAAACACGUCUCCUAGUCCUAUCUCUCCAGGGCCUGAGUCAAGUGUAUCUGAUUUAGAAAACUUCACUUCCAAAUCUGAAGAGACUAUUUCUGCUAUACCCCCGUCAGACUUUAUUACUAACGUUCCCCAGUCAGAAACAACUACAUCUUCUGCAGACACACCCAUACAAGCAGAGCGGCCCACUUCCCUCAGCUUGAAGGGAUUUGAUGAGUGCAAUUCUGCUGAAACCGUAUCACAUUCUACUUCCUUAUCUGAGUCAGCUUCGUCCCCUGGGGCCAAAACAACAGAAACCAACAUGCCUGCGCUGCAAAGUCUUCCAGAUGCAAACUCAAUUUCCAACAAGUCUCCACCAGAAUCAGACAAAGACAAAAGUCCAACACUCUCAUCUACAAAAUCUCCCACUAGUCCAGCUGAGCCUAUCGCAGCAACUCCAACCGAGACUGAUCUGCCAUGCAGGACACAAGAAUCAGUCACUUCUGACAGCAACACCUCAGAGACAGUUGCUGAAAAUAGUAAAACAGAACCCGAGGUACAGGACAAAUGUGAGAAUAAAUCAGAGGAAACCAGUUCAAUCCCCAAAAGUAGCACCCAGGAACAAACUGCGCAAAAUAACUCAUCCGAAGCAGCAGAGACCACAACCAAGCAGACAAAGUCGAGCCCGUCUCGCUACCACUCGUCCACGGCCAACGUUAUCUCAAGCAGCAACCUCCGGGACGAUACAAAGCUACUGCUGGAGCAGAUUUCCGCCAACAGCCAGACCAGGAACGAGGCCGCCAAGGAGGCUCCCGUCACCGACGACGAGAAGGAGGACGAAGCUGACAAAAAGUCGAAAAGGGAGAAGUACAGGACAUAUAGCAGAGGGCAGCCCAAGCCGACGGAGGAGCGCGAGAAGCUCCUGGAGAGGAUUCAGAGUAUGAGGAAGGAGAGGAAAGUUUACAGUAGAUUUGAGAUGGCACCUUAAAAGAGAUCUAAAGAAAGUAAAUAGAGGAUGAAGUGUGUGCGUAGCUGAAAUGAUGGCAUUUUCUCAUAAAGACAUUAGACAGAAAUUGUUUUUGUGUUGGGUUCUCUGCAAAUAAAGAUGGUAAUGGACAGGAAAGUGAUCUGUAUCCCAGAUACUGAACUUUAAAGGGUAAAAGUACCUGUAGCACCCAGUAAUGCAAAGCUGUCCCAGUUCACGUGCCAUCUUCAACAAAGAACUUGGUGUUGGUGUAGUACAUGUAAUACUGAGACUAUGUGUAUCUGAUCAAACAUGUUUUCACUGACUGCAUGGGUAAAGUGCAAUGUGGGUCGUUUCUGUGAAAAGGGCCCGUCCUUGCCUUUUAUCUUUUUUCUUUUUUUUAUGACAGCAGUGACAACAGUGUCAAAGUGUAAUAGAUCAUCCAAAGUAGUUGUGAAACUGUAAUAUACCGUAGUCUGUUUUAUAAUAUUUACAAUCGCGUUAUAACAAAUGACGUUCAGGGUUUCAUGUGCUGUAUGUGUUAAACGAGUGGAUGUGAAAAUUCAUGCCCAUUCUGGUGUAAAUAAACGUUGGCUCUUUGUAAACAGCCUCAAACAUGGAAUUGAAAAAAUGCUCAACGAACCUCAGAUUGAAAGAAAGUAGCAGCUUAAACAUGAGUAAUGAACACAGAGGUCUCUGAGGUUAAGUAUCAGUUCUCCAAACCACAUCUUGUUGCCUUAAAUGUUCGGUGCAUGCAAAUGACUCAAAUCAUUUACAUUUAGAUUUGUUAAACAAACAUAACGUACGAACAUUUUUACAUGUAUUUUUCCAUGUAAAGCUGAAACCUCAAAAAGACUUUUUUUUUUUUGUUGUUUCAAUCAGUCUUUUUAAAUGUCUCUGAAAUUGUGCCCUGUGAUUUUACAUGAAAACUGGUCGUCCCUGUACACUGAAGAAGAAACUCUGCAACAAAUGCAGAGAAUUAACACAACAGUAUAUGUUUAUAUAGUUGCACCGUGGAAGCCUUAUGAUACCUGUUUUGCAGCAACACUAGCCUUUUGUGAAUAAAAUGCCUUAACUAUG